GGGUGAGAGGGAGAAAUUGAAUGAGAGGGACAGAGCGAAACUGAGAGGAGCCUCCACAACAAAAAACUUCUCCAACAAUCAAGCAAGUGGAACUACAGACGCUCUCCUUUUCUUCCCCGCAUGGCUGCUGAGUUCCUGCAAAUAUAACUUCUGCAGUAUAAAAAGUUCUGGUGGCGGAGCCAGAGGGGGGUCUCCGCUUGUAAAGAUGGACCACUUGAUAAGGAGCAGGUCACGCAGGAGAACACCGCUAUUUCUUUUAGUCCUACUUCACGUGACGGCGACACAGACUGCUGAUCCCAUUGAUGUUCUGCAAGUGCUGCAGCUGUCAGAGAACAUGGAGGGGGUGUCCAUGGAGGCUGGUCUCUGCACCAGCAGGAGGGGCAUGGAGGAGACGGACCUGGCCUACAAGAUAGACAAAAAGAUCCAGCUCAGUGUUCCCACCAAACAGCUCUUCCCUGAUUCCAAUUUUCCUGAGAAUUUCUCCCUGAUGACUACCGUGCAAGCUAAAAAGGGCUCUCAGUUCUUCCUGCUUUCAGUGUAUGAUGACCAGGGGGUACAGCAGCUGGGGCUCGAAGUGGGCCGCUCGCCUGUCUUCCUCUAUGAGGACCAGCAUGGGCAGCCCACACCAGAAAUGUACCCCAUCUUCAAGAGGAUCAACCUGGCGGAUGGAAAAUGGCACAGGAUAGCCUACAGUGUGCAGGACAGGUCUGUGACACUCUUCUUGGACUGUCAGAGGGUCGAAACACUGGAUCUGCUGCGAGGGGAGAACGCUGUAGUCAGCACAGACGGUGUCACCGUGUUUGGGACGCGGCUGCUUGACGAAGAUGUGUUUCAGGGAGAUAUUCAGCAGCUACUGAUUGUGGAGGACCCACAGGCCGCUGCCAACUACUGUGUCAACUACAUACCAGACUGUGACUCUGCUUUGCCCUACAACAGCCAUGCCCUGGAGCUACAGGAGAACUCCCAACUUGGGUCUGAUGCCUUGAUGCAAAGUGACGAGCCUGCAGAACCAAAGAAGCACUCCAAAAAGGACAGCAAAAGCAAAAAGAACAAAAAGAAGAGGGACAAGGGCUCUAAAGGCAACGGCAAGGGUAAAGGCAAGGGCAAGAAGGGAUCCAGAAAGAAAAAACAUGAAGAAGAGGCUCUUGAGGAUGUCUUCCUCAGAGUGUCCACAAGACUGCCUGAGUAUCUGUCCCAAGAACCUUUUCAGCCUACAAAGCUGCCAGAAAUUAGCACCCUAGAAACUGUCAUCCCCACUGAAGUCUUCAGCAAGACCCUCAUUGUGAUGCCCACACACAAAUCUGACUCUACAACUGAGCCCCCCACUGUGGUGCCCAGUGCAUUGCCUGAAUCAAAGGUUGCUGAGGAGGAGGGCAAGCCAGUGACGAAGCCAGUGGUGGAGGCAUAUGGAGAUGACCUUUAUGGAGACCUCUAUGAUGAUCUCUCAGUUUCCACGGUAACAGUGGGCCCGAAUGUUACUGAAUAUGAGGUUCUUGAAUAUGAAGAUUUCAAGAAUGACACAGAGUCAGAGUAUGAAGAGUAUGAAAUAUUUGAGGACGCCUUUGACUUUGCGGAGCGGGAAAGAGCAGAGACGUGGAAUGGAGAGGCUGGCCUCAGAGCAGAGAAAGGCCAGAAGGGAGAACAAGCCAUUAUUGAACCGGGCACAUUAAUAGAAGGACCCCCAGGUCUACCAGGGCCAGAGGGGCUCGCUGGUCCAGCUGGACCCACAGGCCCUCCAGGACCCAGGGGAGAUCCUGGUGAAUUGGGUCCACCAGGACGUCCGGGUCUUGCUGGGAUUGACGGGAUUCCAGGUCCUCCAGGAACCCUGUUGAUGCUACCAUUCCAGUAUGGAGGUGAUUCCCAAAAGGGACCAGUGGUGUCUCCCCAGGAGGCGCAGGCACAGGCUAUACUGCAACAGACCAAGCUGUCACUGAAGGGACCUCCAGGUCCACUGGGUCUUACAGGGCGACCAGGCCCACUGGGUGUUCCAGGUCCCUCUGGGCUCAAAGGAGACAGCGGAGACAAUGGCCCUCCUGGACCACAUGGGUUGCCAGGCUCUCAAGGAAUUAAUGGAAAGCCAGGAAAGAGGGGGCGUGCGGGAAUGGAUGGCGGUCGUGGAAUUCCAGGUGAAACAGGCUCCAAGGGUGACAGGGGUUUUGACGGCCUGCCAGGUCUCCCAGGAAACAAGGGACACAGAGGGGACAGAGGAAAGCCUGGUCCUCAUGGGCCUGUUGGAGAGCCAGGAGAAAAAGGAUCUGAUGGACCUGUGGGGCCAAGAGGACAGCCAGGCGAACCUGGUCCUCGGGGUCUUGUUGGACCAAGGGGGCCACCUGGCCCGCUAGGCCAGCCAGGGAUUCAUGGAACUGAUGGAGUACAAGGGUCAAAGGGCAACCAGGGUCCAGCUGGAGACAUAGGGCCCCCAGGUCAACAGGGAAACCCGGGAGUGCAGGGCUUGCCUGGUCCUCAGGGUCCCAUUGGAGUGCCAGGAGAGAAGGGUCCCCAGGGGAAACAAGGCAUGCUGGGACUACCAGGAAUUGAUGGGCCUCCCGGUCACCCGGGAAGAGAGGGCCCCCCAGGAGAGAAAGGCAUCCAAGGUUUACCAGGUGCGCAGGGGCCUGUUGGGUACCCAGGGACACGUGGAGUCAAGGGAGCAGAUGGAGUUAGGGGUCUAAAAGGGGGAAAAGGAGAGAAGGGAGAAGAUGGCUUCCCUGGGUUCAAAGGUGACAUGGGCAUCAAGGGAGACAGGGGUGAUAAUGGAGCUCCUGGUGCUCGUGGAGAGGAUGGACCAGAGGGGCUAAAGGGCCAAGCAGGACCCAUGGGAGAUGCAGGAGCUCUCGGGAUAGCUGGCGAGAAGGGUAAACUUGGCGUGCCUGGAUUGCCAGGAUACCCAGGAAGACAAGGUCCUAAGGGAUCACUUGGCUUCCCUGGUGUGGCCGGGGUGCCAGGAGAGAAAGGACGAAGGGGUCCAGCUGGCCAGGCAGGACCUGGAGGCCAAAGAGGUCCUAAUGGAGCUCGGGGGGGAAGAGGAGCAAAGGGGCCCACUGGAAAGCCUGGAGAAAAGGGUUCUUCUGGACAAGAUGGCCCUUCAGGAUCCCCCGGAGAACAGGGUCCCCAAGGACCACAGGGAAGAAACGGUGAACCAGGACCUAGAGGGCCUAGUGGUCCACCUGGAAAGGAUGGAUUACCAGGUCAUCCAGGCCAGAGAGGGGAACCAGGCUUCCAAGGUAAAAAUGGACCCCCCGGGCCCCCUGGAGUUGUUGGACCACAGGGCAAAUCUGGUGAGACAGGGCCAACUGGAGAUAGAGGGCAUCCGGGUUCACCGGGACCACCGGGUGAGCAUGGCUUACCGGGUACUGCCGGAAAGGAGGGUGCCAAGGGAGACCCAGGUCCACCAGGAACCUCAGGGAAAAGUGGCCCUGCUGGGCUCCAAGGCUUCAGAGGGAGCAGAGGGACCCCUGGUGCAAUGGGUCCUGCAGGUCUGAAAGGAGGAGAGGGCCUACCGGGUGUUGCAGGACCUAUUGGUGCCACUGGAGAGAGGGGCCCCGCUGGGUCGGCUGGCGCCAUUGGCCAGCCAGGACGGCCCGGCGGCGUGGGUCCUGCUGGACCGAUGGGAGAGAAAGGCGAGCCAGGAGAGAAGGGGCCUGUUGGGCCAGCUGGGCAUGAUGGGGAAACGGGACCUGUAGGGCUGCCAGGGGCUGCGGGACCUUCUGGGCCACCAGGAGAGGACGGAGACAAGGGAGAAACAGGAGGACCAGGCCAGAAGGGCAGCAAAGGAGACAAAGGAGAAUUUGGACCCCCAGGACCCAUUGGAAUUCAAGGACCUGUGGGCCAGCCAGGACUGCCAGGUGCCGAUGGUGAGCCAGGUCCUCGUGGGCAGCAGGGAAUGAACGGGGCGAAAGGAGAUGAAGGACACAGAGGCUUUAAGGGAGCGUCUGGUCCUUCUGGACUACAGGGAAUGCCAGGACCAUCAGGGGAGAAAGGAGAGAGUGGGCAUGUUGGCUCAAUGGGGCCUCCAGGACAGCAUGGCCCACGAGGCCCUCAGGGGCCCAUUGGGGGAGAGGGCCCACCUGGAAUGCCUGGAGGAGUUGGUCAGCCUGGACUUGUUGGAGAGAAGGGUGAAGACGGAGAAGCUGGAGACCCUGGGUCAGCUGGAGAGCUUGGCAUUGCUGGUGCUAGAGGCGAUGUGGGCGAGAAAGGUGACUCUGGCCCUCCCGGUGCAGCUGGGCCUCCAGGACCCAGAGGAACACCAGGGGAGGAUGGACCCAAAGGCAACCUUGGCCCUAUUGGAUUCCCUGGAGAUUCAGGACCCCCUGGAGAACCUGGGGUCAAUGGAUUAGAUGGUGGACCGGGGCCUAAAGGAGACAAUGGAGAACCUGGCAAAGCAGGACCUGCAGGAGCCUCUGGAGAGCCAGGUCCUACAGGACCUCCUGGCCGUCGGGGUCAUAUAGGUGCUGCAGGAAAAGAAGGGAAGCAAGGCAUGAAGGGAGCCAAGGGGACGAUGGGAACCCAGGGUCCAGUGGGAAAGACAGGCCCUGUGGGACCCCAAGGGCAGCCAGGCAGGUCUGGCCCAGAAGGCCUUCGAGGCAUCCCAGGUCCCGCGGGUGAGCAAGGGGUAAAUGGGCCACCAGGACAAACUGGACCACCAGGACCAAUUGGGCCACCAGGACUUCCAGGAUUAAAAGGAGACCCUGGAAACAAGGGAGAUAAAGGUCAUGGUGGGUUGAUCGGUCUAAUUGGACCCCCAGGAGAGCCUGGGGAGAAGGGAGACAGAGGCCUGCCUGGGAACCAGGGUACACAAGGGCCUAAAGGAGAUGGGGGUAUGGCAGGCCUACCUGGUCCUACUGGCCCACUGGGACCACCGGGACUCUCAGGUGCAGCUGGUGAGAAAGGAUCUAAGGGAGAAAUGGGUGUCGUUGGUCCCAGAGGAGAUCCUGGCCCUGCUGGCCCCCCAGGACCCCCAGGACCUCCUGCAACUAUGAUUGAGCCCCUGCCGAUCAGGGAGGGUAGGCGGAAGAGACGAAGGCACUCUGAACGGGGAGGAGGAGCAGCUCCAUCCAGGAAGGAGGAUAUGGAUCUGGAUGUGGAAGAGUUCCUUCAAGGAGAUCAGCCUCUGGAAGACGCUGAGGGAAUGGAAGAAGUCUUUGCCACCCUAUCUUCCAUGAAAACAGAAGUGGAGGUGAUGAGGAGGCCCCUGGGAACGUUUGAGAGCCCUGCCCGAACCUGCAAAGAGCUCAUGAUGGUCCAACCUCACUAUAAAGAUGGAGACUACUGGAUUGAUCCUAACCAGGGCUGUCACAGGGACUCCAUCAAGGUCUACUGUAACUUCACAGCUGAUGGGGAGACAUGUCUCUACCCUGACAAGAGGAUUGAGAUGGUGAAAUUAGCAGCGUGGAACAAAGAGAAGCCAGGAAGCUGGUACAGCCAGUACAGGAAAGGCAAGCAGUUCUCCUACAAUGACAGGGAUGGGAACCCUGUACAUGUAGUUCAGCUGACCUUCCUGAAACUACUGAGUGCCACAGCCAAGCAGAGCUUCACCUAUACCUGCCAGAACUCUGCAGGAUGGUUUGAUACCACCUCACGCUCCUACCAGCGUGCGCUCCGCUUCCGGGGCAGCAAUGACGAGGAGCUGACCCAAGCCAAAAGCCCCUUCAUCAAUGCAGUCCAUGAUGGAUGCCAGUUCCGCAAAGGUCAAGAAAGGACUGUUCUAGAGAUUGACUCCCCCUCGGCAGAGCUGCUCCCUAUUAUAGAUGUGGCUCCAGCAGACUUUGGCAACAGCAACCAGAAGUUUGGAUUCCAAGUUGGACGAGUAUGCUUCAAUGGUUAACAUCUUGCCAACAGCAAACAAAAAACAAAAGACACACCAAGCAAGCAAGAUUUCAGUAAAAUAAACUGGACUUUUACCACUCCCUCAAGCAAUAUUUAUUAUAUUAUGUUCCUGUAUGUGGUGGGUUUGUGGUAUUUUAUUUAAGACUCUUCAACAGCCAAUGAAAUAGGUUCUACGGCUUUACAACAAUGAGAAGACUGGUGAGAAAGCGGAUAUGCAACAGUGGGAACAAAGCACAUUUACCAAAGGGAAAUGUUCCAGUUAGAUAUAUUUAAUUUUAAGUGUUUUUGUUGUCUUUUUCUUUCACUGUUUGAGUGUGCUGUAUCCUCCAGAAUUCUGUGGACUGCACCACUUGAUGAUGACCACUUAUAAACAAGACAGAUCUGUCUGAUCACGGAACAGAGACAGUCUGUCAUUCUAUGGUCUGGGUCAGUUAAGUGAAACUUUUCAGACCAUGGAUGAACUAGUUGCUACCUAAUGUUUUACAUAGACUGCAUCUGAAUAAAUCAGAGACACAGUCAUACUCAUUUGCAUGCUCAGAUUUCACUAUAAUGACAAUUGCAUAGCAGUUGUGAACUAGCCUAGCAUAUUAAUUGCACACAAGCACAGUAAUUAAUUUCCUGUGUGCAAGAAUGAUAAAUUGUCCUUUUUAUCCUUCAACUGCAGUUUGCUCAGUGAAUUACCUUGAUUAGUAUUCAAUAGGCAUAGCUAGUUAUUGAACCCGACACUUACUUGAACGGAUAAGGUUGUUUCCUUUAUUGGACUGCUUCCCUCCAUGGGCUCGAUAAUAAGCUUUUUAAGGUCCUAUAUGUGUCCAAGGACUACAGUACUGUAUUUGUCAUACUAACAUCCUUUAUACUGUGGUAUAUACUUGCUAUGACAUACCUCAGCAACUAGGUUGGGGGUAUUUCAGGGCAAAAUUAAGGGCAUGCUGAUUAAAAUGUUCUUUAGUCUUAACUGCAGUCCUUUAUUCCAAGAGACAUUUCACGCAUCUCUUGAAAGCAUUUUAUGCUAUGCUGACAUAACCUGUUUUCACUUUUCUGCCCUACUCAGAGGUUUUUGUUUCUCUGUUCUGUUCACAUGUUGAAAUUUCAACUGAAUAUGUUGCUGUGUAUCAUGUGACAUGAUUUGCUCUUCAGUGGUGCUAAAGAUGAUUCUGUUUAGUUUUUUUUGUCACUGUGCAUGUGUGUCUCGGUGGGCAGGAUUAUAGGGCUAGAGAGGGAGAGGGUUAUUGCUCUUUCAGCAGCACGAAACACCCUCAGAGGCUGGGGAGUAGUCUACUGUGUUUUUUGCACAUCUUCUGGCUGAUUGUACCAAUUUCACAGGGCCAGUGAAAGGAGGUUAGGGACAGUUCAGAGCAAUGUGGUUGAUCGCUUUAAAAGGAAAAUCCACUCUUAACCUGAAUUUACAUUGUGCCGUUCUGCUGAUUUUGGAUAUUAAAUCCAGAAUCUAUGAAUACAGUGAAUACAGACAAUUGUCUACCUACAAUAGAAAUGAUGGCAUCAUGAGAUAAAAAUGAAAAAUUGAUAACUCUGAUUUGUUUUUAAUGCUUCCUUUAAAUCACUUUUAAGAUUUGUAGCGUCAAUCCCAGUACAAUUACCGUGGGUGCUAUCAUAGUGCUGUUCCAUACAGUGGAGCAGCUGCAGAAUUUGUUUAUAGAUGACAUUAUUACUACAGUCUGUCUCUGCAUGUCAGCUUAAACAGAGACUUCUUCAAAUUGACAAAUAGAGCUGUGAAAUAUUGCUGAAACUACAUAUGUAUGUUGAUUUUCCCUUUAGCAAAUGACAUUUCUUAAUGCUCUGUCUACCUCCAACUCAAACAGUAGACUGUGUAUCCAGUAUGUGUAAUUUCAAUCCCACUGUUCUAUUUGUUUCACAGCAUUUCAACAUUCCAGUAAUUAACUCCUCUCCUCCUGUCCCAUCCUGCACUUCCCCUCCUGUGUAUAGUGUUUGUUGUACUAAUUUUAUAUACUGUACAGUUAUUCUGAGGACUUUAUGAGCAGUAACCUGUUGCCUGAAUGAAAAACAAGUGUAUUUGUCAAAAAUUGAUGUGCGAAUUAAAACAAAUAAGAAAUCAUUCUAUUUUCCUAUUCCUCUCCAGACCCAUGUAGCUGGGUUAGAACAAUAUCCACUAAAGCAUGUGGCUGCAAUGUCCAGUCAGUAGACAAACAAGGCUCUUCAUUACCAACUAGUUCUGCAACAUUCACUCAACAAGCAUGCAAUCAGAACAGCACCACACAGCCGAUGUAAUCAACUCUGAUUUGCUCCCCAGUUCAUUUAUUUCAAUUAGCCCUGUUUCAGUCUCCUCAAGGGGGAAGGUGGAGUGGAGACAGAGGCGAGAGAAGGAUGGAAAGAUUGAUAGUGAGAACAAGAGAAGAGGUCUAAUGAAAUGGUUGCAGAUAAGAAAUGCAACAGUUGAGAUUUGUCUGUUUGGUCUAUUUGGUGAAGGUAGCAAGAGCUGUGCUGAUGUUAAAAGUCAUAAUGACUACUUUAUUUUUCACCAGUGACUGACUGUCUUUAAAACUAUUUCAUCACAUCCACCGUCUCUCUGUCUGUCUACUUAUCUUGGUUGCUACCACAAACGCACACACACAAUAAUUGCUUUUUGCUCCAUUCGCAGAGACUCAUGCACCUACACACACACACACACACACCUACACACACACACACACACUCUCUCUCUCUCUCUCUCUCUCUCUCUCUCUCUCUCCAAAGCCUAUUCUCUCACACAUUAAAGUACAAAGCGCUCAUCCCCUUUGGGGCCCAUUGUUCAAGGUUAGCGUCAAUGGCAGAAUAAAGGUUACCAUGUUAUUUUUUUUCUCCUUUCUGCUCUCUUCCACUCAAUUGAAUUUUAACCACACGAAGCUCUUGACCAGGAAAGGUCAUCUGUUGCCACUACCUCAGAAUAAUGAUCAAGCAGAAGAGCAGUGUGACUAUCAAUAUGGUAUUUCCACGGUACUAUGCCCUUUUCCCUGCACAUUCCAUCCUCUAGUGACUAUAAUUCCUGUGACAUUGUGUCUCCAAAUUCAUGUAUUUCUUUCGCUGAUAGCUAAACCUUUGUUAGAUUCUAUCACUGUAGUGCUACUGUAUACAUUAUCUAUAUUCUCUUAAUGACAAACUCAUAUACAAGAAUACACAUCAGAAUUGUGUUGUCAUACAUGACAAUAUUUUGUAAACCACUGAUAAACAGUCUUGCCACUGCACAGAGAUUAUUCAGUUUUUAGAAAUGCCCUUCAUCCACCCGAUCCUGGUGCUCAGCUUUAUGAAAGCCUAUGGAAAUGAAUUCCCACUAAAAUUUCUAUUUUAUGCUCACAAAUACAAGUACAAACAUACAACAUACACAGAACAAUGUUGAAAGGUGUGGAUGAAUCACUGUCAAAUCCCUGUGCCAGAAAAAGAAAGCAAUUUAAAAUGAUAUAUUGUUUUGCUAAUCCUUUCUUUCAGGGAUCCCUAAGCUGUUUCAUGUUACUGAUACUACAAGAACUACAAUAUAUAACACUGCAUGGUAGUGGUGGAGAUGGCAGUACAAAAAAUAGUAAACUUGUCAUGUAAGUAUCUGUAUUCUUUUGAAUAAUUAUUAUUUUGUAUACUAUUAGUAUCC